AUGGUAAUGAUUUUGCUGAAUGAAAAAUUUCCCUAUGAUAUAGCAUGUGACUCUCAUUGUAGUGUAGUGACAAAGAACUACCAGCAUAUCCUGGCCUUGGUAUUUGCAGUAAAGGAGAUAAAUGAAAACCACAAUAUCUUACAAAAUGUCACCUUGGGCUUUCACAUUUAUGACAAUUAUUUUAAUGCAAGGCAGACCUAUCAUGCUACCAUGGAACUUGUCUCAACACAGCACAUUGUCAAUUACAAGUGCAACAUGCGAAACAACCUGAUAUCAGUCAUUGGGACUUUUUACCCUGAAACCUCUUUCUAUAUUGCAACCAUUCUGGGAAUCUCCAAAGUACCACAGCUUACAUAUGGUUCCGCUCCAGUGAUGAAGGAUAAAGCUGAACACCUUUCUUAUUACGAGAUGGUUCCAAAUGAAGCCAAGCUAUAUACAGGCAUUCUCCACCUACUCCAGCAUUUCAGGUGGACCUGGGUUGGGGUCCUUGCUACAAAUGAUGACAAUGGGGAAACAUUUCUUCAGAACGUGCUUGAAAGAUUUCUCCUGAGUGGCAUCUGUGUCGCCUUCUUAGAACGAAUCAAGUUGUUUUCUUUCAGUGAGAUAUUUGACAUGCUGAAAUGGAUGGUGAGAAUAUACACUGUUUCCAUGAGUAGCACUGCUAAUGCAGUGGUUAUCUAUGAAGGACAAAUACUGAACCUGAGAUUGCUGCUGAGCCUACCAGAAAUUGAAUGGGUGUCAAUUGAGCCCAAAGGUAAAGUGUGGAUUAUGACAGUCCAGAUGGAGCUCACAUCACUGAAAUUCCUGAGGACUUGGGAUAUACAAACCCUUCACGGAGCUCUGUCUUUUACCAUUCACUCAAAGGAAGUAUUAGAAUUCCAACAUUUUCUUCAGAGUAGAAACCACUUACAGACAAGAGAAGAUGGUUUUAUCAGGGACUUCUGGGAACAGGCUUUUGACUGUGAAUUGCCAAAUCCAUUGGUUAGCAUGAAAGCUGAGGAAACCUGUACUGGGGCAGAAAAGCUGGAGAGCCUUCCUGGAGCUUUUUUUGAAAUGAGCAUGACUGGCCACAGCUACAAUAUCUACAAUGCUGUCUAUGCAGUGGCACAUGCUUUACACGCCAUGCAAUCAUGGCAAUCCAAACACCGAGCAAUAGUGAAGGGAGAAAGGCUGAAUCUUCAGGAUAGACAGCCAUGGCAGCUUCACCGCUUUCUGAAAGGAGUCUUUUUUAAUAACAGUGCUGGGGAAAAGGUUUCUUUUAACCAGAAUGGAGAAUUGAUAGCUGGAUUUGAUAUUAUAAACUGGGUCAUUUUCCCAAACCAGUCAUUUCAUAAAGUGAAAGUGGGACGACUGGAUCCACAAGCUCCUCCUGAAAAAGUGUUCACUAUUCAUGAUGAUGCCAUCAUAUGGCACAGCAGUUUUAACCAGACAUUGCCCUUAUCAAUGUGUACUGCCAACUGCCACCCUGGAUAUUUCAAGAGUGAGCAGGAGGGAAAGCCAUUUUGCUGUUAUGAGUGCAUCCUAUGCCCAGAAGGAAAGAUUUCAGACCAGCAGGACAUGGAUGACUGUUCUAAAUGCCCACCUGAUCACUAUUCAAGCAAGAACCAGGAUGUGUGCCUACAGAAGAAUGCAAGUUUCCUGUCUUAUGAAGAGUCUACAGGAAUCAUUCUAGCCAUUUUUGCUCUUUCUUUUUCUUUUAUCACAGCUUUGGUGCUAGGAAUCUUUAUGAAGCACCAUCAGACACCCAUUGUCAAAGCCAACAACAGGAAACUCACUUACACUCUUCUCAUCUCCCUCUUGCUCUGCUUCAUUUCUGCUUUGUUAUUCAUUGGUCAACCUGAGAAGGUGACAUGCCUCUUACGACAAACUGCCUUUGGCGUCAUCUUCUCAGUGGCUGUCUCUUGUGUGCUGGCAAAAACCAUCACUGUCAUUUUAGCAUUCAUGGCUACCAAGCCAGGAAGCAGUAUGAGAAAGUGGGUGGGGAAAAGACUGGCCACUUCCAUUGUUGUUUGCUGCUCCCUUGUCCAAGCAGGUAUUUGUACUGUCUGGCUUGCAAUGUCCCCUCCAUUCCCAGAUAGUGACCUAUACUCAGUGACUGAAGAAAUUAUUCUGAAGUGUAAUGAUGGAUCAGUAAUUAUGUUUUACUGUGUCAUGGGCUACGUGGGCUUCCUAGCUAUUAUCAGUUUGACUGUGGCAUUUUUUGCCAGGAAGCUGCCCGACAGUUUCAAUGAAGCCAAGUUUAUUACUUUUAGCAUGUUGGUCUUCUGCAGUGUUUGGCUCUCUUUUGUUCCAACCUACUUGAGCACUAAGGGAAAAUUCAUGGUAGCUGUGGAGAUCUUUUCUAUCUUGGCCUCCAGUGCUGGAUUGCUGGGUUGCAUCUUUUCUCCAAAAUGUUACAUUAUUGUGUUGAGGCCUAAGCUGAACAACAGGGAACAGAUAAUUGGGAGAAAACACUGGAGAAAUUAA